ACAGGAUGACCUCGCACUUUUUAUUUUUCGACGGUUCGCCUUCAGCUGGAACGAUCCAAGUUUGGCAUGCUCACACAAUUCUUUUACCCUAGAACCAAACCGGAUUUGUUCGUUCGUUCAUAGUGGAUGUUGAUCACCUGGUCAUCGACGUCCUCCACAUUUGAGGUCUUACCAAUCUGACUAGUGACGCUAAUGGCUUCUCUGGUAGCGUGUAGCUUACAUGGCUCGAUAUACUAUUCUUGGACGGUAACGUGUAGAUGUCUAUUCUUAAGAUUUUGGAGACGGGUUCGUCCUAAGGUUUUCAAGGGGUAUAAAUGGUCGGUAUGCCUGCAGUCUCGGAGAACUUUUACUUCAGCCAUCGUAACUGCAGAUACGUACCUCUCAAAGACUUAAGAGACUCGAAAUCUAAGGAAACAAACAUCGCAAACGCCGAAAAUUCGUCAACUUUAGUCAUUUCAUUAUGAAGCCAACAUUCGCUUCUAUUCUGGCCAUCUUCACGGCUACUGUCUCAUCCCUUCCAACUUCACAAAAUGCCCCAGCUUCUACACAGACGGCUACGGUCUCAUUCAGCAACGACCAGACGGGCGCGCAUGCUCCUGUCGUAGCUCCACUUGACGGAACGAUCAUCAAUCUCUACAAUGCCCUCACAGGGACACCCGUUGGCGUGCCGGUGCAAGUUCUCGCAUCUAGCGUUCAACUCGUUCAAUUCCCAGGAACUGUCAACUGCGUCAUAACCAAUAUCAGUGGUCAAGUCAUCGGAACCUUAACGGCCGAGCACACGUACGCCGAUCUUGACGGCACGAGCUCGGCAAUACCUGUCAACCUGGCCGGCGCUACGAUGCAAUGCUCCUCCUGAUUAUUUCUCGGACUAUGAUGUGAGGGUUUUAUGCUGAUUGAAUUUCUUCUGUCAAUAUUGUCGGUCAUCUAAAUUUGUUAAUUUACUGCAUGGGUUAGAAGACAUAUAGAUCAUAACAAUACCACGAUUCAAAAUUUCC